UAGUUACCUUUGGUAAAUCACCAAGCAACAACUUCAACUAAAAAGUCAUCUACUUCACCAAGUAAAGCAGUCAUGGCAACCUCUGCAAUUCAAAAAUCUUCCUUUGCUGGCCAGACUGCUUUGACGCAAUCGAAUGAGCUUGUUCGCAAGGUCGGUUCCUCCGGCGAUGGCCGCAUUAGCAUGCGCAGGACUGUUAAAAGUGCUCCCCAAAGCAUUUGGUAUGGUGCAGACCGACCAAAGUACUUGGGCCCAUUCUCCGAGCAAACUCCAUCAUAUUUGACCGGUGAAUUUCCCGGUGACUAUGGCUGGGACACUGCUGGUUUAUCCGCUGACCCUGAAACAUUUGCCAAGAACCGUGAGCUUGAGGUGAUCCACUGCAGAUGGGCCAUGCUUGGUGCACUUGGCUGCGUCUUCCCUGAACUCCUUUCUAAGAAUGGAGUCACAUUCGGUGAAGCCGUUUGGUUCAAAGCCGGUUCUCAAAUCUUCUCGGAAGGUGGCCUUGACUACCUCGGCAACCCCAACCUAAUUCAUGCUCAGAGCAUCCUCGCCAUAUGGGCUUGCCAGGUUGUGCUCAUGGGAUUAAUCGAAGGCUACAGAGUGGGUGGAGGACCCCUUGGUGAAGGUCUCGACCCCAUUUACCCUGGAGGCUCCUUCGACCCUCUAGGAUUGGCUGAUGAUCCCGAAGCAUUCGCUGAAUUGAAAGUAAAGGAAGUAAAAAACGGACGUUUGGCUAUGUUUUCCAUGUUUGGAUUCUUCGUUCAAGCCAUUGUCACCGGAAAAGGACCUGUUGAAAACCUUUACGACCACCUUGCUGACCCAGUUGCCAACAAUGCUUGGGCUUACGCUACCAACUUUGUUCCCGGAAAGUGAAAAGAAUCAUCAGCUAUAUGAUAUUUAUACCUUUCACUUGUAACAUUACUGAGUCUCCUUUUGUUCAAAUGCUCAUUAAUGGAAGUUUUUGUGAAAAGUAUUGUAUUGUAUUGUAAAAUAUCAGAAUUAUUCUGCUGAAA